ACCACUCAGUAAAUCUAAUCAGUUGUUCUGAUGGAAAUGUAAGGCAGCUCCUCUUCUAUUAGCCUCACAGACUUUCACUGUGAUUCGGGUUUGCUUGACUUUUUGAAUCCUCAAAACCAAGAAAUUUAAAAAGAAAAAAGGAAAUACACCAACACAGUUACAGCUCCUUCUGCUCCUGUGCUACUGUUGAAAGUCCCUGCUUGGAUUUCUGAAAAUGGAAAAAGGAGGCCCACCCCAGGACAAUGCUCCCCCCUACCCAGGCCCACCUGUUAAUUAUGGAGGUCUAAAUCCUCAGCCGGGAUUCACCCCUCAACCGGGUUUUCCGCCUCAGCCGGGUUUCUCUCCUCAACCGGGUAUCCCUCCUGCUUCUUCUCCAGGUGGAUACAACGGAGGUGUUGCCCUUGCUCCUGUUCCGGCUGCACAGGCAGUGACCCAUAUGGUGGUAUCCUCUAAUCUACACGACAUCCCAGGACAAGCGGUGUGUCCUCACUGCCAGAACACGGUCGUCACCAACACAGAGCACACUACAGGCCUCCUGACCUGGGCUAUCUGUGGUGGACUCACGCUUUUUGGAUGUUGGCUUUGCUGCUGCAUUCCUUUCUGCGUUGAUUCCUGUAAAGAUGUAGAGCAUCGCUGUCCGAACUGUAACAGAGUCGUCUACCUCUACAAACGGAUGUAAAGUACAAGUCCACGGUGAACUGAAGAGAAAAAUGCUAGCAUGAGCUGAAAUUACGUUAUUAGAAAUCCUUCAACAUACCUCAGAAAGUCUAAAUUAUUUGAAAUGUAAUCAGAUGUAAUGUGAGAUAUUAAAUAAAACAAUCAGAUCAACCAUUGUAACAAAGACGAUAGUAAUAAUUAAUAAAAGAUCUUCUGCUGUCACACA